CAUUGUGGGCAGAGGGGCGGGGGUUGGGAAGAUGGCGGCUCCCAGCCUCCUCAACUGGAGGCGGGUUUCCUCCUUCACCGGGCCGGUCCCCCGCGCCCGACACGGACACCGGGCCGUGGCAAUCCGGGAGCUGAUGAUCAUAUUUGGAGGGGGCAACGAGGGCAUCGCGGACGAGCUGCACGUCUACAACACCGUUACAAAUCAGUGGUUCCUACCAGCUGUUAGAGGAGACAUCCCUCCAGGCUGUGCUGCCCAUGGAUUUGUCUGUGAUGGUACCAGAAUUUUAGUAUUUGGGGGAAUGGUUGAAUAUGGAAGAUACAGCAAUGAGUUAUAUGAGUUACAAGCAAGUCGUUGGUUAUGGAAAAAAGUGAAGCCCCAUCCCCCUUGCUCUGGUUUACCUCCUUGUCCUCGGCUGGGACAUAGCUUCUCUUUAUAUGGUAACAAAUGCUAUUUGUUUGGUGGCCUGGCAAAUGAAAGUGAAGAUUCAAACAAUAAUGUUCCCAGAUAUUUAAAUGAUUUCUAUGAGUUGGAGCUACAGCAUGGUUCGGGUGUUGUGGGUUGGAGCAUUCCCGUGACUAAAGGGGUUGUGCCUUCUCCAAGAGAAUCCCACACAGCUGUUAUAUAUUGCAAAAAAGAUUCUGGAAGUCCUAAAAUGUAUGUUUUUGGCGGAAUGUGUGGUGCUCGCCUGGAUGACCUAUGGCAACUUGACUUAGAUCAUUUGGGUGUAUUUCUGACUAGGAUGUACAUUUUUGGUGGAUGGGUUCCACAUAAGGGGGAAAAUACUGAGACUUCACCUCAUGAUUGUGAAUGGAGAUGUACCAGUUCAUUUUCUUACCUAAACCUGGAUACAGCAGAAUGGACCACCCUAGUAUCAGAUUCUCAGGAAGAUAAAAAAAAUUCAAGACCAAGACCAAGAGCUGGACACUGUGCUGUUGCAAUUGGCACACGUUUGUAUUUUUGGAGUGGAAGAGAUGGUUACAAAAAAGCACUGAAUAGUCAAGUUUGCUGCAAGGAUCUUUGGUAUCUUGAUACUGAAAAACCACCAGCACCAUCACAAGUACAGCUGAUCAAAGCCACUACCAACUCUUUUCAUGUCAAAUGGGAUGAAGUGCCUACAGUUGAGGGCUAUCUUCUGCAGUUGAAUACAGACUUGCCAUACCAAGCUACAGCAUCAGAUUCUUCAGCGGCACCAAAUAUGCAAGGUAACAUAUUUUUCACACUUAAUGAAAGUAUGUGUGCUCCUAUGCUUUUGAGAAAAGAUGCUACAGAGGAGUGUAAAGAGACUCCUUCAAAUCCAGUGGCCACAGUGAAAGCAGGAGAACGACAGUGGUGUGAUGUCGGAAUUUUUAAAAAUAAUACAGCUUUGAUCAGCGAUACAGCAAACAGUGCAAAGACUGAACAUACAGCCAUGAAAGGAACUUCAAUGAAAAACAAACCAGACUUUAAAGCGUCAACAGACUCUAAUGCCAUUUUACAUUCAUCUUUGCCAUCUAAUGCUUCUAAUCAUAAUAGUUGUGUGGUGGAUAUGCUAAGGAAAAAUGAAGGUCCUCACACUUCAGCAAAUGUAGGUGUUCUAAGUAGUUGCCUGGACGUAAGAACAGUAAUCCCUGAAACUUCUGCAUCCAGUACUGUUUCCGGCGCACAAACUAUGGUAACCCAGCAGGCCAUUAAAACUGAAUCAUCCAGUACAAAUGGGGCUGUUGUUAAAGAUGAAACUUCACUAACAACAUUCAGUACCAAAUCUGAAGGUUUGAAAUGUGUUUCACAUACUAAUGUUGAAGGUAUCCAUCUUUCCUGGGAACCUCCAACUUCACCUUCUGGAAAUAUUUUGGAAUAUUCAGCCUACUUGGCUAUCCGCACAGCACAGAUACAAGAUAAUCCAAGUCAACUUGUGUUUAUGAGGAUUUAUUGUGGUCUUAAAACAUCAUGUAUAGUAACUGCUGGGCAACUUGCAAAUGCACAUAUUGAUUAUACAUCCAGGCCUGCUAUUGUGUUCCGGAUAUCAGCAAAGAAUGAAAAGGGAUAUGGACCAGCUACACAAGUUCGAUGGCUUCAAGGUAACAAUAAGAAAGCAUCUUUAAAUUGAAUUGUUUUUUUACUGAAGCUGUUGUGAUGAUGAUUAUUUAUUAGUAACUGGUUAUGAAGAUUUGUCAUUUAAAGGAG